UAUAAGUCACCUCGCAGGAAUGCAGCAUCAUCAGUGAAUACUGAAUACUGUGAAUUAGAGGCAGUAUGUUAAGGCUCUGUAUAGCAGUGUGUGUCCUGGCCACUUGCUGGGCUCAGGACUGUCAAGUCAGCAACUUCGCCGUCCAACAGGACUUUAACAGAACGAGGUAUCAAGGAACAUGGUAUGCAGUGGCCAAGAAAGACCCUGUUGGGCUGUUCCUUCUUGACAACAUUGUGGCCAAUUUCAAAGUAGAAGAGGAUGGAACCAUGACAGCCACCGCCAUUGGCAGAGUCAUCAUUCUCAACAACUGGGAGAUGUGCGCCAACAUGUUCGGCACUUUUGAAGAUACCGAAGAUCCAGCUAAGUUCAAGAUGAAGUACUGGGGAGCUGCUGCGUAUCUCCAGACUGGAUAUGACGACCACUGGAUCAUUGACACAGACUACGAUAACUACGCAAUCCACUACUCGUGCAGAGAGCUGGAUGAGGACGGCACCUGUCUGGACGGAUAUUCCUUCAUUUUCUCCAGACAUCCUGACGGGCUCAGGCCUGAAGACCAGGCCAUAGUGACACAGAAGAAACAGGACAUCUGCUUCCUGGGCAAAUACAGACGCGUUGCACACACUGGUUUCUGUGAGGCUGCCUAAACCAUUGCAUCAAGGAGCUUCUGAUGAUAUAAUCUGCCCUUUUAUAUUUUUUUUGCUGAUGUGUAAAUAUAUUAAAUAAGCAUAUUACUUACCAAACGAGAAUCCAUAAUAAUUUUGCACAAAGUAAAAAUGUGUACUCACUUGUAAUGCACAGUAAUGUGCAUAGUGUAAACUUUGGUUUUUCAAAUAAAUUCGAAACAAGUAGGAAUG